AUGUCCACCGCCGCCAACGCCUCGGCGCGCUGCAGCAGCGACUCAUCGAAGCCCGCAAAGAUGUUUCCCUGGAGCUGGAGACGAGAGAGAGUCCCAGACCCUGGACCUCACAGUCUCAGACCCUGGACCUCACAGUCUCAGACCCUGGACCUCACAGUCUCAGACCCUGGACCUCACAGUCCCAGACCCUGGACCUCACAGUCUCAGACCCUGGACCUCACAGUCCCAGACCCUGGACCUCACAGUCUCAGACCCUGGACCUCACAGUCCCAGACCCUGGACCUCACAGUCCCAGACCCUGGACCUCACAGUCUCAGACCCUGGACCUCACAGUCUCAGACCCUGGACCUCACAGUCUCAGACCCUGGUCCUCACAGUCUCAGACCCUGGACCUCACAGUCUCAGACCCUGGACCUCACAGUCCCAGACCCUGGACCUCACAGUCUCAGACCCUGGACCUCACAGUCUCAGACCCUGGACCUCACAGUCCCAGACCCUGGACCUCACAGUCCCAGACCCUGGACCUCACAGUCCCAGACCCUGGACCUCACAGUCCCAGACCCUGGACCUCACAGUCCCAGACCCUGGACCUCACAGUCCCAGACCCUGGACCUCACAGACCCAGACCCUGGACCUCACAGUCUCAGACCCUGGACCUCACAGUCUCAGACCCUGGACCUCACAGUCUCAGACCCUGGACCUCACAGUCUCAGACCCUGGACCUCACAGUCUCAGACCCUGGACCUCACAGUCUCAGACCCUGGACCUCACAGUCUCAGACCCUGGACCUCACAGUCUCAGACCCUGGACCUCACAGUCUCAGACCCUGGACCUCACAGUCUCAGACCCUGGACCUCACAGACGCAGACCCUGGACCUCACAGACGCAGACCCUGGACCUCACAGUCUCAGACCCUGGACCUCACAGACGCAGACCCUGGACCUCACAGACGCAGACCCUGGACCUCACAGUCUCAGACCCUGGACCUCACAGUCUCAGACCCUGGACCUCACAGUCUCAGACCCUGGACCUCACAGUCUCAGACCCUGGACCUCACAGACGCAGACCCUGGACCUCACAGUCCCAGACCCUGGACCUCACAGUCCCAGACCCUGGACCUCACAGUCCCAGACCCUGGACCUCACAGACCCAGACCCUGGACCUCAGUCCCAGACCCUGGACCUCACAGUCUCAGACCCUGGACCUCACAGUCUCAGACCCUGGACCUCACAGUCUCAGACCCUGGACCUCACAGACGCAGACCCUGGACCUCACAGACCCAGACCCUGGACCUCAGUCCCAGACCCUGGACCUCACAGACGCAGACCCUGGACCUCACAGACGCAGACCCUGGACCUCACAGUCUCAGACCCUGGACCUCACAGUCUCAGACCCUGGACCUCACAGUCUCAGACCCUGGACCUCACAGUCGCAGACCCUGGACCUCACAGACGCAGACCCUGGACCUCACAGACGCAGACCCUGGACCUCACAGACGCAGACCCUGGACCUCACAGUCUCAGACCCUGGACCUCACAGACUCAGACCCUGGACCUCACAGACCCAGACCCUGGACCUCAGUCCCAGACCCUGGACCUCACAGUCUCAGACCCUGGACCUCAGUCCCAGACCCUGGACCUCACAGUCUCAGACCCUGGACCUCAGUCCCAGACCCUGGACCUCACAGUCUCAGACCCUGGACCUCACAGUCUCAGACCCUGGACCUCACAGUCUCAGACCCUGGACCUCACAGUCUCAGACCCUGGACCUCACAGACGCAGACCCUGGACCUCACAGACCCAGACCCUGGACCUCACAGUCUCAGACCCUGGACCUCACAGUCUCAGACCCUGGACCUCACAGUCUCAGACCCUGGACCUCACAGUCCCAGACCCUGGACCUCACAGACGCAGACCCUGGACCUCACAGAUCAGGAGACUCAGGCUCAGCACGAGACUUCCGCGGGUUCAGGAUCAGGAGACUCAGGCUCAGCACGAGACUUCCGCGGGUUCAGGAUCAGGAGACUCAGGCUCAGCACGAGACUUCCGCGGGUUCAGGAUCAGGAGACUCAGGCUCAGCACGAGACUUCCGCGGACCCGUCUGGACCUGGACAAGUACCUGUCUGGCUCGGGUCCGGUCCCAGGUCUGGUCCCGGGUCUGGUCCCGGGUCUGGUCCCGGGUCUGGACUGUGAGGCCGGGGACCGUAAGCCGCGGCGAGAGAGCGCGUCUGUGGUGGAUGAGUUCUUCAGCGAGGAGAAACCCUGCGCUCCCUACAGCGUCAACAUCAACGUGAUCCUGCCCAGUACCACGCACCUGCGGACCGGGCUGUACCGGCAGACCAAGACCAUCAAGACCGAACCGGGCCUGGAGGUGCCGUGCUGCUCCCCCCUCGGAGCCCAGGCCCUGCCGGACUUCACCUCGGUCUUCAACAUCAACAGUGUGUUCGUCAAACCAGACCUGAGUCCCAACAGGAGUGGAGGCUUAGAGACCGAGCUGCUGAUCGGACCCCCGCCCCCACAGCCUCAGGGUUACCAUCUGCCAAUCAGCAACGCCGAUCUCCCCAUGACAUUGAGCACGAGCCAAUCAGCAGCAGGCGGCCGGACCAUGCUGAACCUGGGCACCGUGACGCUAACGGGGGCUAACGGCGGCUACAUGCUAACGGAGCCCCUCCCACAGCAGCAGCAGCAGAACUACUACCCCUCUGGGCCUGGACCCCACAGUCUCCCCCCCUCUCCCCCAAACUCCCAGCCUGGGAGUCCAGACGCCCAGGCAGAGCUGCUGUCUCUGGGCUCGCAUCCCGCUCCCCCUCCAUACCAGCACAGAGGCCUCCAGCACCAGCACCAGCACCAGCAGCAGCACCAGCAGCAGCAGCACCAGCAGCAGCACCAGCAGCAGCAGCACCAGCAGCAGCACCAUCAGCACCAUCAGCAGCAGCACCAUCAGCAGCAGCACCAUCAGCAGCAGCACCAUCAGCAGCAGCACCCGCAUCAGCAGCAGCCGCACCAGCAGCAGAUACUGACCCCGAAGAUCGUAGGACUGUCGGCGCACGCGCUGCUGAUGACGCACGGUCAGGGCGUCCUCACGGGGCCCAAGUACAACCGCCGCAACAACCCCGAGCUCGAGAAGAGGAGGAUCCACUUCUGCAACUACACAGGUUGCACCAAAGUUUACACAAAGAGUUCUCACCUGAAGGCGCACCAGCGAACGCACACAGGUAACACCAGCUGGGAACCAGAAAGGACCGAAUGA